AAAUAGACAUCAGCUGAUUAACCAACCAAAACAACAACACAACAAAAUAAUGGGGGCUUUUAAUUUUUUUAUUUAAGUAAUAUUCUUACUAUUUUCCUAAUAUUGUAACUAUAAAAUAUAAACCUUUAUGAGAUCAUUAUAUAAAUAACAAAGACAAGUUUUUAAUAGAAACCUCAUUCAAAAACCAGUCUGAUGAGCUCAAACUCUGAUAAUUUAUUAGAAUUUAGGGAGCUAAUAUUAAAUAGCAAAAAGCCCCUUCUAAUAAAAAAUCUUGUACAAUGCGAACUCACAUCUUGGACUUUAGAACAAUGGACUGAUUUAUUGAAGAAUGAUAACCUACAAUUCAGAUGCGGGACAAAUGCCCACACAAAGGAACCCCAAUGGGAAUCAUUGUGUCAAAUAAGAACUGGCAAAUUUCAAGAUUUUUUAAAUGAAACAAAGUCUAAUGAAAAUGAUUGGUGGUAUUUUGAUUACAAAUAUCUAUGUGAAUGGUUUACUAAUAAAGAAGCUUUUAAAGAGAAAAUAAACUGGUCUUCUUUGGGAUUUCCAGAAAUAACUGCAAAUGAGUCAACUAUUUGGAUAGGUUCAAAAGGAGCUCACACUCCAUGCCAUGUAGAUACAUAUGGAUGCAAUAUGGUAAUGCAGCUUUAUGGAAGGAAAAUGUGGCUUUUAUUUUCACCAGAGCAAAAUUUAAAACAGACCAGGAUUCCUUUUGAGGAAAGUAGCAUAUAUUCACAACUAAAUUUUUUUAGUCCAGAUAUAGAGAACUUUAAAGAUAUUACUAAUUGCCAUAAACUAAUUCUAAAUCCAGGCGAUAUUUUGAUUGUCCCACAUAAAUGGUGGCAUUAUGUAGAAAAUUUAGAGAUGGCAAUAAGUAUUAAUGCCUGGCUGCCUUUACCCCAAGACGACUAUGAAAGAGUGAAAGAAUCAAUUGCUACAAUUUUGGUCAGGAAUACUAUACAUGGAGAGAGGACAUUACAGAGUUUGGUUUUAAACCCUAACAUGGCUAAUGAUAUGAUUACUUGUGAUGAAGCAUUAAACAUUAUAAAAAGUUAUAAAGACAAAUUGAGGGAAGACCUGGCAAAAAAAUCUAGCUGCGGUGGUAGUUUGGAAAUUAUUUUAAGCAAACACAAGAAUAUUUCAAAAGUUCCAACAUUAAGUGAUAUGGAAUUCAAACAAUUUUUAACAAGCCAAUCUGAGAGGUUUAAGCAAGCAGAGGAAACAAAAGCUUUAAAAAACUUGACACAUCACCAAAAUAUGCUGGAUUUUUUAGAAGUUGUUACAGAUAAUAAAGUGUUAGACCUAAUAGCUAAAAAGUUAAUUCAGAAAUGAUAAAACUUGUAAAUAAAACAAAUAUAUUUUAUUAUAAAA